CACCGAACAGAAGUGAAAAAAUCGAUGAGAAAGAAAAUGCAUGGUUAAAUUUAGCAUCAACUGGUGCUUUGGUAUUUGCAGAAAAAUAUGAUGGAGAAGCUAUUCAAUAUGAUGUAAAUUCGAUGUAUAUAUAUGAAAUGUUAAAGAAAGAAGCAUCAUGGCCAAUUGCACCAGCAACAAUAGAAGGAAAUCCACCAAAGAAAAGUCUUCAAUGCACGAGAUAUUUGCGUUAUAAUCCACAUGGGAUUUACACACAUUAUGAUUUAGAAUGCGCUCGAAAAAAUGGAUUGAAAGUAAUAUUAAUGAAUAUAUCACCAAAUGCGCUUAUUUACGAAAGAAAUGUACGUAUAACAGGAAGAGACAUGUUUGGUGAAUGGGGUAAUAUAUUAUAUAACAUUAAGAAAGAAGGAGGGACAGCUGGAAAAGUAAGCAAAGCAUUAUUAGUUUCAUUAUGGGGUGCCUUAUGUGAGCAAAGAAAUGGACAAAAUUAUGGUACACAUCCACGAAUAAAACCAUUCUUAUUAGCAUCAGCACGAAAAAGAAUAUCUGAAAUCGUGAAACCCCUAGGAGAUCAAGUAAAACGUAUACAUACAGACGGCUUUAUUGUAGCUGGAAAGGUAGAACUUAAAACGGGAAUAGAAAUGG